AUGUCUGCCACGGACGAUGAAGCCUCUGAGGGCUCUCUGUGGGAUGAGGGCCACGGGGGCAGCGGCAGCAGCACAACGACCCCAGCAGCAGCAGAGCCAACCCCCCGUUUCCCAGCAGCAGCAACAGCAGCAGCAGCAACAGAAGCAGUAGCAGCUACAGAAGCAGCAGCAGCAGAAACAGCCGCAGGAACAGAAGCAGCAACAGAAGCAGCAGCAGAAGCAGCAGACUUUGCCCAUGCAGCGUCACCCCACAGACAAGGGACGAUGGGGGGCUCUUCAGGGGACAUGCAGCUGCAGCAGUCGUACCCCUCGGAGCAGCAGCAGCAGCAGCAGCAGCGGCAGCAGCAGCAGCAGCAGCAGCUGCAGCAGCAGCAGCAGCAACGGGAGGAAGAGGACGAUGAGGAUGAGCCUGAAUUCUUUCCGAGCUCCUUAGUGGCGCCUUUCUUUCGUGGCUCCAGCAGCACUGGUGGUGCGAAGAGCAGCAGCAGCAGCAGCAGCAGCAGCAGCAGCAACAGAAGCAGCAGCAGCAGCAGCAGCAGCAGUAGCGCGGGGUUUUUGGGACAGCGGGUGGCGGAGUCUUUCUUCAGCAGCCAAUCGCUCGGUGGUUUUGCUGCACACGCUGCGACCUCAAGGGAGGACGUAGGCAGCCAGCAGCAGCAGCAGCAGCAGCAGCAACUGCAGCAGCCCUUCCAUGGCAGCAGCAGCAGCAGCAGCGUGCAGUUGCCGCCACAGGACUGUGUUCCCGCUCGCUUCAGCAGCAGCAGCAGCAGCAGCAGCAGCAGCAGCAGGAUUGAGGGCUUGCGAGACGGGCGUGGUUUGAAUUGGGGUGGGUGUAUCAGUGAGGGUAGCGGGCGUCUGCGUCUGUGCAGCAGCAGCAGCAGCAGGAGCAGCAGCAGGAGCAGCGACUGCAGCAGCAUAAUGAGUGGGAGUAGCAGGAGGAGGAGCAGCAGGAGGAAGAGCAGGAGCAGCAAGAGCAGCAGCAGCAGUUUGGGUGUAUGGACAGCUCCUAUUGUACGAGGCAGCGAGCGUCCGGGGCCUCGUGCAGCGCAUAGCUGCGAUAAUAUAAACGGUUAUUUGUUUGUGUUUGGUGGCUGGAAUGGAAGCAAACCCUUAGCGGAUUUAUUUGUUCUGGAGACACAAGAAGCAGCAGCAGCAACAGCAGCAGUACAAGGCAGAAAGGGCUCUGCUGCUGCUGCUGCUGCUGCUGCUGCUGCAUCUGCAGCAGCAGGAGAAGGAGCAUCAGGAGAAGCAGCAGGAGAAGCAGCAGCAGCAGGAGAAACAGCAGCAGCAGGAGGAGCAGGAGGAGGAGGAGGAGGAGGAGCAGCAGCAGCAGCAGCAACGGUGUAUAGAUGGCAUCGCGUACCCAGCAGCAGCAGCACACCUGCAGCGCGAAAUAAUCAUACAAGUGCAGCAGCAGGAAGUGCGGUGUAUAUACACGGCGGACAUGAUGGAUCUCAGUGGUUAGGAGAUUUGCAUGUCUUAGAUACAGCAGCAGUUAUUAACAGCAGAUUUAAAUAUGCAGCUUGGUGCAGCCCUCAGGUGUCUGGGCAGCUACCUGCUCCUAGGGCUUGUCAUUCUCUCUCACGUGUACGUCAGAAGCUGUUUCUUUUCGGGGGUUAUGACGGAAACAAAUGUUAUAAUGAUAUAGAAGUGCUUGAUUUAGAUACGCUGGCUUGGAUACAGCCGAAAGUCUCUGGUCAGAAACCACUGCCACGCAACGCGCAUUCGAUGUCGGUGUUGGAUAGCAGAUUAUUUUUGUUUGGGUGA